AUGCCGAUACGAACACAUAUAUAUUUGUGCACAUUCAUUUUCUGUCUCUAUCUAUCUAUCUAUCUAUCUAUCUAUCUAUCUAUCUAUCUAUCUAUCUAUCUAUCUAUCUAUCUAUCUAUCUAUCUAAGCUUGUUCCUAUCUAUCUAUCUAUCUAUCUAUCUAUCUAUCUAUCUAUCUAUCUAUACCAGUUUCUAUUCUGAUCUAUCUAUCGCAGUCUAUUCUGAUCUAUCUAUCUAUCUAUCUAUCUAUCUAUCUAUCUAUCUAUCUAUCUAUCUAUCGCAGUCUAUUCUGAUCUAUCUAUCUAUCUAUCUAAUCUAUCUAUCUAUCGCAUCCAUUCGGAUCUAUCUAUCUAUCUAUCUAUCUAUCUAUCUAUCUAUCUAUCUAUCUAUCGCAGUCUAUUCUGAUCUAUCUAUCUAUCUAUCUAUCUAUCUAUCUAUCGCAGUCUAUUCUGAUCUAUUUAUCAAUCGAUUUAUGUAUCUAUCUCAGUCCAUUCUGAUCUAUCUAUCUAUCUAUCUAUCUAUCUAUCUAUCUAUCUAUCUAUCUCUUUAUACUUUUUACAAGUCAUUUUGCUUUCAUUCCUUUUCCUUUCUUUCUUUCUUUCUUUCUUUCUUUCUUUCUUUCUUUCUUUCUUUCUUAAGAAUCUAUCUAUCUAGUUCUUUCUUUUUUCUUUCCACAUUCCUUCUUUCAUUCGAUCGUUUUUCAUUUCCGUCUUUCUUUCACUUUUUCAAUUACUUUGUUUUUCUUUCGCACUUUCUUUUCUCUUUCUUUCUUUCUUUCUUUCGCUUUUGGCUCUUUGUUUCUUUUUUGGUUCUUUCUUUCUCUUGUUUUUCGCUGUUUUUCUUUCUUUUUUCUCUCGCUUUUCGCUUUCUUUCUUUCUUUCUUUCUUUCUUUCUUUUUUCUUUCGCUUUUUGCUCUUACUUUCAUUCUCUUUCCACUUUUUCCUUCUCUCGCUUUUCGCUCUUUCUUUCUUUCUUUCUUUCUUUCUUUCUUUGA